AUGGCAGCCAUUGGAGUUCCUGUGAAUUUACUGGCGAUUAUCAUCCUGCCCCGGGGUAAAUGCGGCCUCUCCACCUGCACCACUCGUUACCUGGUGGCUAUGGCGGUGGCGGAUCUACUGGUCAUUGUCAUUGAAGUAAUCCUGAGUCAAAUCAAAUAUCAUUACUUCCCACUGAGUUUCCUGGACAUCACUCCUGUGUGCGCUGUGUUACCUGUUAUCCACGUACUCCGUCGAAUAACCACAAAUUGUUCAGUCUGGUUCACCGUCACAUUCACCUUUGAUCGAUUUGUCGCCAUUUGUUGUCAGAAGCUGAAAACUAAAUAUUGCACCGGGAAAACUGCGGCUGUGGUGCAAAUAACAACCGGACUUCUUCUGUGUCUGAAAAAUAUUCCGUUUUACUUCGCAACGGAACCUGGGAAGAUUAUUGACAACCUCCCGUGGUUCUGCGGUCCCAAGCCAAGCUACUUCACUGACAAAGGUUGGCUUGGACUUGACUGGUUCGAUACUGUUUUAACACCAUUGCUCCCAUUCGCUAUAAUUCUGCUGCUCAACGCUCUGACAGUCCGGCACAUAUUGGUGGCCAGUCGUGUCCGGAGGGGGCUCAGAGGUCAGAGCAAACGGGAGAACAGUAGAGACCCGGAGAUGGAGAACAGGAAGAGGUCUGUGAUUUUACUCUUCACCCUCUCUGGCAGCUUCAUCCUCUUGUGGCUGACGGUUGUCGUAGAAUUCGUCUAUUACCAGGUCAAAGGGACAGGAGAGGCCAGCAUUGGUUCCGAAAAUGUUUUGGCACAAGUUGGCUACGUGUUAGCGAACGUAAGUUGCUGCACCAACACCUUUAUCUACGCAGUGACUCAGUCCAAGUUCAGGGAGCAGGUGGACGGGCUCCGCAACAGCUCAGCUCCAACUUGUCUCCACUCCGCUCGCUCCAACUUCGCCUCCGACCCCAACUUCUCACGGAACACCUUCAGAACUCCGGCCUGCGGAGCCUGCAUGAAAGUGAUUGAUGGAAAUUACAGAAAGGCGAGGAGCAGCGGGCUUUGA